CAGUGUGGGCCCCCCCCUUCCCCCCCGGGCCAGGAAGCGCUGCGGAAGAUCAUCACCACUUUGGCUGUAAAGAAUGAAGAGAUCCAGAACUUCAUCUACUCCCUCAAGCAGAUGCUGCAGAAUGUGGAGGACAAUUCUGCACGAGUGCAGGAGGACCUGGAGGGGGAGUUCCAGUCGCUGUAUGCGCUGCUGGACGAGCUGAAGGACAGCAUGCUGAUGAAAAUCAAGCAGGACCGCGCCAGCCGCACCUACGAGCUGCAGGCUCAGCUGGCGGCGUGUGCCAAAGCGCUGGAGAGCUCAGAGGAGCUGCUGGAAACGGCCAACCAGACCCUGGCGACGGCCAACAACCACGACUUCGCCCAGGCUGCCAAACAGAUCAAGGAUAGUGUGACGAUGGCUCCUGCCUUCCGCCUCUCGCUCAAGGCCAAGGUGAGCGACAACAUGAGCCACCUGAUGGUGGAUUUUGCCCAGGAGCGCCACCUGCUGCAAGCCCUCGCCUUCCUGCCAGUGCCGAGCACCCCUGAGAUCGACCUGACGGAGUCACUGGUAGCCGAUAACUGCGUGACGCUGUCCUGGCGGAUGCCUGAUGAGGACAGCAAGAUCGACCACUACGUGCUGGAGUACCGCAGGACCAACUUCGAGGGGCCGCCCCGAGCCAAGGAGGAGCAGCCCUGGAUGGUGGUGGAGGGCAUCAAGGGCACUGACUACACUCUGUCUGGGCUGAAAUUUGACAUGAAGUACAUGAAUUUCCGAGUGCGGGCGUGCAACAAAGCCGUGGCUGGGGAGUUCUCUGAGGCGGUCACUUUGGAGACGAGAGCGUUCAUGUUCCGGCUGGAUGCCAGCACGUGCCACCAGAACCUGCGCGUGGAGGACUUCAGCGUGGAGUGGGACGCCACGGGCGGAAAGGUGCAGGACGUGAAGACACGUGAGAAGGAUGGGAAGGGCAGGACUGCAUCGCCCGCCAACUCCCCCGCCAGGGCUGUGCAGUCACCCAAGCGGAUGUCGUUGGGCCGCGCUGGCAGGGAUCGCUUCACCGCCGAAUCCUACACGGUGUUGGGUGACACGUUGAUCGAUGGUGACGACCACUACUGGGAGGUGCGGUACGACCGUGACAGCAAAGCGUUCGGUGUUGGGGUGGCGUAUCGCAGCCUGGGCAAGUUUGAUCAGCUGGGCAAGACGUCGGCGUCGUGGUGCCUCCACCUCAACAACUGGCUGCAGGUCAGCUUCAGCGCCAAGCACGCCAACAAGGCCAAGGUGUUGGAUGUGCCCGUGCCCGACUGCAUCGGCGUCUACUGCAACUUCCAUGAAGGAUUCCUGUCCUUCUACAACGCCCGCACCAAGCAGCUGCUGCACACCUUCAAGGCACGCUUUGCGCAGCCGGUGCUGCCAGCCUUCAUGGUUUGGUGCGGCAGCUUCCACGUCUCCUCGGGCCUGCAGGUGCCCAGCGCUCUGUGGGGUUCCUUGGUUUGGGGGGGUCCCAGUCGCUUCGCUCCCAGCCCCCUGGGGGUCCCAAUCCCAUAA